GGCACCGGGUGACUGAGACCCUGGGUGAGAGCCGCCUACCUUCAGUCACCGCCCACGGCCGGGCCGCCACCAUGGCGCUUCUGCUGCGCUUGGUCCUCUUGUGGGGAGUCGCGGAUUUUACCAGAAGUUUGAGUAUCACUACUCCUGAUCAGAUGAUUGAAAAGGCCAAAGGGGAAACUGCUUAUUUGCCAUGCAAAUUUACCCUUAGUCCAGAAGACCAGGGACCACUGGACAUUGAGUGGCUGCUGUCACCAGCUGAUAAUCAGAAGGUGGAUCAAGUGAUUAUUUUAUAUUCUGGAGACAAAAUCUAUGAUGACUACUAUCAAGAUCUGAAAGGACGAGUACAUUUUACAAGUAAUGAUCUCAAAUCUGGCGAUGCAUCAAUAAAUGUGACAAAUUUACAGUUGUCAGAUAUUGGCACAUAUCAGUGCAAAGUGAAAAAAGCUCCUGGUGUUGGAAAUAAGAAGAUUCAGCUGAAAGUUCUCGUUAAGCCUUCAGGUACAAGAUGUUAUGUUGAUGGAUCAGAAGAAAUUGGAAGUGACUUUAAACUAAAAUGUGAACCAAAAGAAGGUUCACUUCCAUUACAAUACCAAUGGCAAAAAUUGUCCAACUCACAGAAACUGCCCGCCUCAUUGUUAGCAGAAAUGGCCUCAUCUGUUAUAUCUGUGAAAAAUGCCACCACGGAGUACUCUGGCACGUACAGCUGCACGGUCACAAACAGAGUGGGCUCUGAUCAGUGCCUGCUGCGCCUAGAUGUCGUUCCCCCUUCAAACAGAGCUGGGACAAUUGCAGGAGCUGUCGUGGGGACUUUGCUUGCUCUCGUGCUCAUUGGCUUUAUCGUCUUUUGCUGUCGUAAAAAGCGCAGAGAAGAAAAAUAUGAAAAGGAAGUUCAUCAUGAUAUCAGGGAAGACGUGCCUCCUCCGAAGAGCCGCACGUCCACUGCCAGAAGCUACAUCGGCAGCCAUCACUCAUCCCUGGGAUCCAUGUCUCCUUCCAACAUGGAAGGCUAUUCCAAGCCUCAGUAUAACCAAGUACCGAGUGAAGACUUUGAACGCCCUCCUCAGAGCCCGACUCUCCCACCUGCCAAGGUAGCGGCCCCUAAUCUGAGUAGGAUGGGAGCGGUGCCCGUGAUGAUCCCAGCGCAGAGCAAGGACGGCUCCAUAGUGUAGAGCCGCUGUGCGCUCACCCAGGCGUUUCCUCUCUCUGUCCUUCUCCUCGGAUGGGAAAGCCAGGUCCAUUUCAAAUUCUGCUGUCAGCCUCAGAAUAGAUCAAGAAGUUAACCAGAAACAGAAUUAUACUUUAAAAAGUUUUGUUUGGAAAAAAAAACCAAAAGUUUCAUGUGGUUAUUGAAACAGCAAAGACACUGAAGUCAGUAAGGACAAAUUCACCAUCUGUAAAAAAAAAUUUCCUUUAAGAGAUUGAUUUGAUAGACUUCAAAAUAUCAAUACUUAAGAUACAGCACUUUGAAUAUGAAGUCAUAGGUGAAGAAAUUGGUAAACUUACAUGCACUCUGAGUUGAUACUUGAAUCAUCUGAAAAUGGUACUUACUAUUUUCUGCCAUUAUUUUUAGAUUGCCGUUCACAGUUUAUGAUCAGGCAGUCCCCUCCAAAUUGGUGAAGAAACAUUCAUGGCAAAAAUAUUUAUAAUACAUUUAUGUUCGUUCUUUUUAUAGCUUCUUAGGAAAGUCAUUUAAAUAUGAGUUUGAAAUCUAUAACAGAAAACACUACAGUUUUCUAGAAAUUGCUACUUUUACUUCAGAAUCAUUCAUAAACCUUGUCUGUGAAAUGACUUCUUAACUGUUCAGUUGAUAGACUGCCAUAGGCAACAGGGACACAGUAAGCGCUCUUUAUGCUGAAAGAAAGGAGCACGUCUCUGAUUCGUUUAGGACAUUUGCAGUGGCACUCUGUAGGGGGCAGCAGCGGGGGUGGGCAUUGUUGAUGGGUGAUCCGAAGCCUUGAGGCCUAUGGUGGUCUUCAGAACAAUGACCAGCCAGCGUCAGGAUGGAAUAAUUUGCAGUUCCCAACUAAAUACUAGCCCUUGACAUAUUUUUCUAACAAGAAAAAGUAUGGCUCAUUUAUUAUUUGACAGUUACAGUUUGAAAUUCCCUGAUUAUUGGUUCCAAAUUUAAAAGUUUUUUUUCCCCUGGUUGGUUCAGUGUUUUUUGGGGAGGGGAGAGGUUUGUGGUUGGUACUGCAUAUUGUAUGUUCUAGAAACCUGUAAUCCUAAAUUUACACACCUGACUUGAGUCCCUGGAGGAUGUUUUCUUUUUAGACUCAGAAGAUGAAAUACAUUUUAAGCUAGUAAGUGUCCUGUCAGCUCUGUACUUCAGACCUGGAAGGGCGCGUAGCUGCUCCGGUGUGGCCAGUGUGUCUGUAGUUGCAGAAAAUCAAGGUGAGCUUUGAAAAGAAUGAGUCUUAGUUUUGUGAAAGUGAUUUAUUCUUAAAGAAGGAAAAAAAAAACACAAGAAAUGAAAUGAAAAGGAGUAAAAGGUAAACUCCUGACUGCCAAAUGUGUUAAAUACUGUGGUAGUAGAAGAGAGUGAGUUUCUUGUAUUUCCCUUAAGAUUGUGAGGGAGUGUGGAUAUAGUCAAAUGAGCCAACAGUUUUCUUUUAUAGUAAAUAAGGUUUGCAAUAAAUUAUGUCACUAGCUCUAAAACCUUUUCCCUAGAUUUUGGUAGGGAGUUGGUUUCUGUUGAUAUCUUUGGGUGCUGUGGUGGUAAAUGCUACAUUAUAAAUUAAUGUUGGUAUGAAUUUGAGAUUAGGCAAAGUACUGUGUAUACUUUUUAAUGGUGAACUUACGCUGAAUGUCUGUGUAAUGGAUUAGUGUAUAGUUUUAUAUAUUUGGAAGCAUUUUUUAAGUAGGUUUUUAACUCUACAUAAUAUUGCUUUUAUACCUGUGUUAACAUUUUCAUCUGUGCCUUUGGGUAGUUUAAUUUUUAUUAUGAAUUUCUGGUGCCUAUGAGCUAGCUAUCACCUGAAAGGUGCUUAGAGGUGAAGGUACUGUUCCUAAAAACACAUCACUGUGACACCUUUCUCUUUUCAUACUUUGAAUCUUGCCUCCUCCUCUUCUCUGUUCUUUUUGGAUGCAACCUAACUGACAUUGUUAUUCAUAAAGAUUUAAAAAUUUUAACAUCCCCAACACUCUUUGUGUUUAUGAUUUUAUAACAGUAGCUAUUUUUGAAUGCCAGAUAUCUGGCCUGUUUUUAUAUGAUAAAACUUAUAGUAUAAGAAAAAAUAACAUCACAAAGUUCAAUAAUAAAAAUAACCUGGUCCUUCCUAUUCCCAGUUUUCAUACAGUGUCAGUCUAAGUAGGAAUUACCAUAGCAGGUGGACAGGUAAGACUUUCUAGUCUAGGAUUUGGCUGUCACUAAAGUCCAUACGACCUACAACCUAAGAAUGGAGCUCCUAAAACCUCAAUUGCGUGACCUGAAAAGACUUACUAAGUGUAAAUAAGUUUCAAGGACAGAAUUCAGUUUGAGAUUUAUUCUCCAGCUGCUCUCAUUGUAAAUUUCAGUUAAUCCAAAAGUCCGAUGGCACUGAUUGCUUCCCAUAUAGUUCUCAGUGAUAACUCAGUUGAACUAGAGAUCAGGUAUUUGUUCUUUCCUGUUGGUAAUCACCAAGCAGUUCAACCAAAAAUUGUAAUUCAUGCGUUUCCAUUAGAAAGCCAGUGUCCGUCAAGUUCGGCACUGCAGCUCUGAAGACAAACAGGGUGAUUCCACUGUACACCUGAAAGACUUGACACCUUCUUUUUCAGUUACACAGGAUCAUUUGAAAAGAAACGAAAGUGUAGAGUAUGAGCUCUGUGCUUUAAAUAUGUAGUGUACUGGUGGUUGUUUUGUUUUGGUUUUUUUUUGGCAAUCUUACCAGUAUUCCCCUGUUAGAGAAUCCCCACAAUUCCUUACGGAUUACGCUGACCAGUUAUUCCAGGUGAAUAACUUCUUUAAAUUUGGGUCAUCUGCCAUGGAGCUGUUACAAUGGAAACAGAGCCCGAGUAUGUCUUGGGGGUUAAUUGAAGAAAUGCAAUUAGAUUAUGGGUAUGAAGAAAUAGCUGACUUUUGUUAAAAAGAUAAGUUUUUAUGAUUGAGUUCUGGAAGUUUGGAGCAAGUGAAGGGGCAAGUAAAUGUGAUUAAUAUAAAAAGAACUUGCUGCAUGAAGUUGGAUAUCAAAUUCUAUAAUGUAUGACUUCUCAAAAUAACUGUUUUGUCUUUUUGUGUGCGUGUGGCAUGUAAAUUGGAGUUCUAUGAAUGUUUAAAGUUUUUUUUCCUAAUCUCUUUUCACUUCCACAGUGUUUGAGGCAGUCAGAUGCCUUAUUCCAGUGUGAACAGAAAACAAAAAUUAUGUGGUUAAUGCUUUGAUGUGUCAUAUAGGGAGUAGUUGUAGAAAAUGUUGGCACAAUUUUAACUUUUUAGUGGCUCGUGACAUAUAUAUAUAUAUGUACAUAUAUCUUUAUAAUAUUCUUGUGUUUAGUAGCAUACAUGUUCGGGGCAAGUUUUACUAUUUAAAUGCCUUUAGAUAGUCUUGGAAUAGAGGCAACACAUUCUGCAGUUGGAUUUUUUAUUCAUUUGCCUGUUUUGACACUAAAAAGGUCUAUAACUGAGCACAAAUUCUACAGUGUUACAGAAGCAGGGAGAAAUAAUAAAUUCAUGAAUUGUGGUUCUGUUUAUCUUACAGAUGUCAGCAAAUUAUUUGCUUCAUCUAAUCUCAUUAUUUAAAAGUAUUGAAAUUAUUAUUUUAAAUUAUUAAAAACCGAGCUUUAAAAAAAUACCUUAUUUUGUAAUUUUAAAAGCAUGGUGAAUGUCUGUUGGAUUUGGCUUUGGUCACGAACACUAAAAGCUCCAAUCAAAGAAGAAGUCUGUUUUCUGCUAAUUCAUUCAAUGACACAAGUGUUAAGAGAACCACAAUUUAUUCACUUAUUCUGAAUACUAACUGUGAACUUUUGUGAUAAAUACACCUGUACUACUGAAAAAACGUAUUUUGACACUUCACAUAUGCAAGUAGAGAAUUGAUAAGUGUCAGUUUCAAAAGUGACUUUGUAUUUAAAGUUUCUGGCUUACGUAUCCAAUGGUGCAGAUUUUGAAAUUUGUAAGAACAAAAUUUGUUUUUAAAAAAACAAAAACUUGCUCUAGUUUUGUGACCUUGUGUACUUUUGAAAUAAAAUCAAGAAAGCAGU